GAACUGCCGAGUGCAAAAAAGGGACCGUGCGCCGGUCGUCGGUCCGCGGGGCAGCCGCGCGACGCCGGCAGAGGGGCACGCGGGCGGCCGCGACCCAGUACCCAGCGGCGCGAGGCCCCGCCCGGCGCGCGCGGGCACAACCCAAAAAACACGGCCGACGCCGACAUAGCUAACACGGCACGAAAACGAUGAUGUGGGGCCAGCCCCCGCCGACCUACAACACGGCGGACCCCUGGUACGACGGCGCCGCGAAUUACGACUACGGCGCGGGCCAAGAGGUCGAGCAGCGCUGGGCGGUGCUCGACGGCGCGUUGAAUAGCUAUUUGGGCGGCCAAGACGUGCCCCCACCUCCACCAGCACCACAGUACCAGCAGACCCAGUCCUGGGACGAGCAGGCCUCGAAGAAUGCGCAGAGGUGGGCCAAGGAGUCUUCAGGUUACGCCGCGCAAGCACAAGCUCAAGCUGCGCGAUUAGGACUAGCUGCCGGAGGUGUUGGUGAUUUAGCUUCUUCCGUCGGUCAUUUAUCCGCCGCGGUCCAACGGAUGGAGGAGCGGACCGCUUUAGUACAAGAGAGAGAUGCAGCAAGGAUGCGGUGCUUGGAGCUCGAGCAGGCUUUGGCCGAGAGGCAACAGCAAAUCCAAGCGCCACCUUCAGCGCCGGCGUCGCCGAUGCGCCUGCCGGCGCCGGUCCAAUCGCCUCCCCUGUCACCGGCGCCCUCGGAGCGCCCUGUACAAUCUUCACCGGUCGCGACAUCAACAACGGGCCUGCCGCCGCGCGCGCAAUCCAUGAGGACGUCGACGACCGGUUUGAGUCAAGCGAUCGUACCGCAGCCGGAGGACCCGGCCGAGGCGAGGCGACAGGCCAUCUUCCGCGAGCGCCAGGUCAUCCUGGCCGAGCGCCAGCUCUUAGCCGAAAGAAGAAAACUCGAGGAAGAAAUGGCCAAGGCCGACGCGGGCGAGAUCUUCUCUACGGAAGCCGCCCCGCCGUCGACGGUAACGCACGCGCACCACCCGGAGCUCGCUGAAGCUAGAGUACAGAUCGCCAACUUACAUGGCGAGAUGAAGGAGAUGCGUGCGCUCAUAUCUAGAAGAUCAGGGUCGCCGCGCGCGUCGUCCGAACGGCCGGAGAAGCGUUCGAGACCGGAAUCACCCUUGAAUAACGACGAGGCGAUCGUGAGGGCGGCUCAGAACGCGAGGGAAGACGCGAAACGCGACUUCGAGAAGCUGCGGGAAGAACUGGCGUCGCACCACAAGGAGGAGCUUUCAAGUCACCAUGCUUCUCUGAGGGACCAGCACGAGCAGUACAUCGCUACAUUACAUCAGAAGCACGAGGCCCACCUCGAGUCGCACAAGACGCGGGCCGAGGCCGAGGCCGAAGCCGUGCGCCUGAAAGCGGCGGCGGAAGUGGAGGCCAUGAAGCACCGCCUCGAAAUGGCGCUCGAGAAGGAGCAGUCCGCGCGGGAGCAGCAGGAGGCGGCGCAUAAUCGUGCUGUUCAAGCUAUGGAGGAGAAGCAGGCUCUCGCUCUACAAGCUGAGCAGCGCAUGCUCGCGCUACCGGAGAAGAAGAGUGUCUCGGAGUCGCACGUCGGUAGACUCGUCUCGCAACAAAUGCCACCGCAAGUCACUGAAAGUAGGAUCGGUGCCUUACUGGAAGAAAAAAUGUCACAACAACAGCCGGGCGUCUCCGAGUCGCAGAUCGCGAGACUCAUGGACGAGCGGAUGCGUAGUCAUCAACCGGCGCUCACGGAAUCGCAAUUAGGUAGGAUCAUGGACGAGAAGCUCUCUCAGUUAACAAGUAGACACGCCCAGGACACGCACGAGCUCCAGGCGAAGCAUCUCGAGUUGGUCCAUGGCAAGAUCCAGACGCUCACUGAAGAGCAGGCCAAGCAUAGGGGGGAGUUGAAAGCGGCACAACUCGAAAAGGACGCGGAGAUCGCCGCGCUGAAGUUGCAGUUGGAGCGGGCGACGCAGCACCAGGUCCAUCGGGAGGCGCCGCUGCAGCAGAGCGCGCCGGUCAAGGAAGUGGCGGCCGCACACGCGACGCACCACGCGACGCACCACGUCCGACGGGAGGCGCCCCUGCAAGCGGCGGCCGCCGUCGAACAGGCCGUCGCGGCGCCCGCGGCGCACCACCGCGCGCACCACGCGGCGAAGGCUCCGGAAGUUAUUGAAACGGUCAAGAAGGAGAAGAAGAAGCCCUCGGCGGUCUGGACUAGCGGCAAAACUUCACGCUUGAAGAAGGCCGUCAAGGUGACGUGGGGCAAGGGGCCGAAGCCGACCGCGAACCAGAUCCGAGCCGCUUUAGUUGAAUACGGUGUGGUGACCAAAGUAGGUGAAACCCCACAUGGCAAGUCCGAAUUGGUGCUGUUCGGCAGCGAGCGCGACGCCGAGAACGCGAUCAGCAACUACAACGGGCCCUGGCGGUUAAGACCGGCGGCUGCUGGCCUCGAGGAUCCGUUCGGGCACGUCCCCUCGCCCGAGAAAGCGGCACCUUCUAGAUUCGCGGCGCGCACGGUGGAAGUGACCUGGAACGACUCCGUGCCCCCAUCUUCCGACAAGGAGCUGCGUUCUCAACUGUCUUAUUUCGGUGACGUCACUCGUUCGUUCAGAACGGGCCACCGGGGCGUCGUCAUGUUCUCGAACCACGAGGGGGCGCAGCGCUGCAUCGAGGAUUAUCGGGGGCCCUGGUCCGUGCGGUUGGUCAAUGCCAAACGUGUACAGACACCCAAAGCAACACGGCGGCCGUCGACGAAGGAGGAGGUCGCGGCUCGAGCUUUAAGGGUGUCGUGGCGCGGGCGGUCUUCUCCGCCGUCCGAGAACGACGUGAGGGACGCCUUGUCGAAUUUCGGCACCGUGGCGAGAUGUCAAUCCGGCAGCACGCACGCUGUGGUCCUGUUCGGGUCGUCAGCCGAAGCGAACGAGGCCCUCACUCAGUACCAAGGGCCCUGGAAGCUCACCAAGGCCGAGCAGCACACCUCCGUUGCACCGCCUAAGGCUCAGACGCCGGCCGCCAAGGCUCAAGAUUUGAGGAAGGCCACGCGCAAGGUGACGUGGUCUUCCGGCGCCGCCGUGCCUACCGAAGAUCAAUUACGAGCCGUCCUGAAUGCCUACGGACCGGUGCGCCAAGUGGCGCUGAAGAAGCGAUCGGCCAUCGUCAUGUUUAGGGAUGAAAAUGGCGCGAAGAAUGCCGAUGAGAACUACAGAGGCCCCUGGCGUCUCAAUGAGUUGGGCGCGCCGGGCGAAACCCCCAAAACGCCGCCUCCUACGGUGCAUAAGCCCUCACCUAGGGCACAUCACAGUCCUCCUAGACAUAUGAAGCCGCUGGAGUCCGAAGUUGUUCGGGAGGCGCCGCUGCAGCACCAGGCACCCGUCGUCCAGGAAGAAGCUUUGGCUUCCCACAAGAAGCACCACCACAAAGCCGCCGCGUGCGCGGGCCGCGUCCCUUUUCACGCCGUCGCCGAGCCGCGACGUGUCGACACUCCACGCCGUCGUCGCCUCGACGCCGUUGACGCGACGCCUCACCUCUCGCAUACCGCGCAGGGCCGAGGAGGACCACAAAGCCGAUCACGAGGAGGACGACGACGUCCCGCCCCCUCCUGCGAAGAAGCCCGCUCGCUUAACGGCCGAAGCCUUAGCAAAGUUGGAGGCCGAGACGACCCAGAAGAAGGCGCCCCUACCGGAACGAUGUGUCAACAUCACGUGGCCCAAGAACCACAAGGCGACCGAGGCGGGCGUCAUGGAAGUGUUAAGGGCCUUUGGGUGCUCCGACGUGGUCAAGGUGUCGUGUCGGACCAAGUCCGCCGUGACACUAUUCGCCACGCCGGACGCCGCGAAGAAGGCCGUUUCUAAAAUAAGAGACGCGUCUGGUACGGUUGAGGGUUACGACAUGAGCACGUGGAAGGCGUUUCUGGCGUCCGAGGCUCUGGCGAUUCGGGCGUCCAAGUCAUCUGCGCCGUUAUCGCCCCAGAAGCCGCCCUCUGUUGCUUCGUCCGCUUUGCGAAGAUCACAAGAGCGAGAAGAGCAACGCCAAAAAAUGGCUCAAGAAGCACCGACGCCCGUCGUCCAAGGCGAGCUCUGGAAGCGCUGCGUCAAGGUGACCUAUAUGGGCGGCUACAAACCGAGCACCGAGGCGCAGCUCGCGUUGGACGUGGAGCAGGCGGGCGGCGCGCCCUUCGUCAACGCGAAGCUCAAGAAGAAGUCGGCCGUCCUGCUCUUCUCCUGCACGGCCGACGCCGAGGACUUAGUUCAUGGCGUCGGCGACUCGUGCGACAAGUUCACGGCGAGCAUCGUGCCUCCACCUAAUGCGGGGUCGCCCAAGUAAAUUCACGUAUCUGA